UGUAUGCCUGACCGCACAGCUGCUCUUUGUCCUUUUUGCUCUCUUUCUUUUACUCUUGCACUCUGCUUUCCACUCUCCGUUUCUCCGUAAACCUUCGACACCAUGGAGCCCAACAGUCCUAAGAAGAUCCAGUUUGCUGUCCCGCUGUUUCAGAGCCAUUUGGACCCUCAGGCAGCAGAACAUAUACGCAAACGAAGGCCCACUCCAGCCACUCUUGUCAUCUAUAACGACCCAAAUACAUCAGGUAACGAUGAUAAGCAGACAGCAAGCGGUCAGUCAGAGACUCAGCUGUCUCCGGCCCAGAGGAAGACCAGUGUGUACACACCACCCACCAUGAGAGAACUGCAGUUGGUGGUGGAGCAGCACUUUCAGAGACAUGAGCAGACGGAGGCAGGGCUCUCUGACAGCCCAGACACGCCCAGUCCAAUUACAACACAGCAGCCCAAUGGUGCCGCGGCCCAGUGGGCCAGUCACAGCUCCUCAGAGUCUUAUGUCAGUUGUGAUGGACAGGCAGGGAGCAGUGAGGAGGGGGGUAAAGAUCAUUCCAACAAACAGAGAUCCGGUCAGGAGGAGAGUCCUCAUCUUCCCAAACUCACUCAUUCCCAGCUGGACACGCUGUCCGAGGAGCCGACAGACAGAGAUGCAGUGGACCAGCCGAGCACCACAGGAGUGAUGAUGAAACAUGAGGCAGGAUUAUCUUCAUCCUUUCACGAGGAAGAGGAGACUCUCGCCGAGGAUCAAGACACACAGCAGGAGUAAUACACUAAUUAUUUUUUAAAUCAUGACUUUAUCAAUGCGUGAGUUCUAAAACUGCUUAUUAACCUUCAGAUUUGUUCUUCACAUCUUUUUUUAUACAUCUGUAAACAGAUCUGCAUAGACAAUUACAUCUACAGUACUGUGCAAAAGUCCUAGGCCUCCUAUUUGUUUCAUACAAACUUUGUUAUAGAUUUCUGCUUUAUGACGUCUACAUUAUUGAGUCAGUACAAAAACAUUUUAGAGUCCAAACGUUCAUUUUCCAAUGUUACAGAAAAAAAAAAAGUUUGUAUCUGAGCAGCAUAUUCCAUAAGAGAGCACUUUUCAGAUUAAAAAAGAAAUAAUGAAGGCUGCUGGGUUUUGGUGUAAAAUGAAGAAGUGAGUGUGACAGUCAAAGUGUCCAGAAGAACUGUGGCUGGUUCUGUAAGAUGCUCAGGAAAACCUACAGAUCAUUUCCGCAUAAAACUGCACUCACUGGACCUGAGAUGACUUUUUUUUUUUUUCAAGCAAAGGGUCGUCUCACACCAAGUACUGACUUUGUUUAAUUUAUUAUGGCUCACUGAUUACUGUUGAUAGUACAACCCCAA